AGAAAGCGCGCUGCGUGCGGCCCCGCUGCCCAGAGCCUGCCAGCAGCGCGCCCUCGGCCGCCCGGGGGUCCCAACCGCGCCCCGCCUGGCCUCCUCCGCCUCGGCUGCGUCUGACCUGGGCUCGCCCGGCCUCUCUCGGAGGUCCCUGCCUGACUCGGCUCUCCGCUGUGCCGCCUGGCUCCAGCCCCGCAGCCUGCCCCUGGGGGAAGGUAGCAGCGGGCGAGCGCGCCUCGCCUCCAGCCCCUGCGCCCCAGCCCGCGCGGCGACGAAGGACCGGGAAGAUGAACGGCGGCGGCAAAGCCGAGAAGGAGAACACCCCGAGCGAGGCCAACCUUCAGGAGGAGGAGGUCCGGACCCUGUUUGUCAGUGGCCUGCCUCUGGACAUCAAGCCCCGAGAGCUGUACCUGCUCUUCAGGCCAUUCAAGGGCUAUGAAGGUUCUCUCAUAAAGCUCACAUCUAAACAGCCCGUAGGCUUUGUCAGUUUCGACAGUCGCUCAGAAGCAGAGGCCGCAAAGAACGCUUUGAACGGCAUCCGCUUCGAUCCUGAAAUCCCGCAAACACUACGACUAGAGUUUGCUAAGGCAAACACGAAGAUGGCCAAGAACAAACUCGUAGGGACUCCAAACCCCAGUACUCCUCUGCCCAACACUGUACCUCAGUUCAUUGCCAGGGAGCCAUAUGAGCUCACAGUACCUGCACUUUACCCCAGUAGCCCUGAAGUGUGGGCCCCGUACCCUCUGUACCCAGCGGAGUUAGCGCCUGCUCUUCCUCCUCCUGCCGCUUUCACCUAUCCCGCUUCACUGCAUGCCCAGUGUUUCUCUCCAGAGGCAAAGCCCAACACACCUGUCUUUUGUCCACUUCUUCAGCAAAUUAGAUUUGUCUCUGGGAAUGUGUUUGUCACGUAUCAACCCACUGCAGACCAACAGAGGGAGCUCCCAUGUUGAAUUUAUUAGCAAGCCUCCCCCGCCCCCUUUUGCAAAAACUAUUUCUUGAUGAUAUUUGAGAGAUUUCAAUAAAAAUUUUAAUCAGAGCAAAAAAAAAAUGGUCUCAAGUAGA